AUGCUGUCCGGCGGCGGGCUCGACUUUGGCGCGCCGUCCAACCUCGGCAAGGUGCAGAACGCGGCCGCGCUCGCCGACACGGACCCGCUCGGCGUCCCGUCGUCCAUCUCGUUCGACUCGGUCGGCGGCCUCGGCGGGCACAUCCAGCAGCUCAAGGAGAUGGUGUCGCUCCCGCUCCUGUACCCCGAGGUGUUCGAGCGCUUCAACAUGACGCCGCCACGGGGCGUCCUCUUCCACGGCCCGCCGGGCACCGGAAAGACGCUCCUCGCCCGCGCACUCGCCGCCAGCUGCAGCACCGACGGCCGCAAAAUCUCGUUCUUCAUGCGCAAGGGCGCCGACUGCCUGAGCAAGUGGGUCGGCGAGGCCGAGCGCCAGCUGCGCCUCCUCUUUGACGAGGCCAAGGCGUGCCAGCCGAGCAUCAUCUUCUUCGACGAGAUCGACGGUCUCGCUCCCGUCCGGAGCAGCAAGCAGGAGCAGAUCCACGCCUCGAUCGUCUCGACGCUCCUCGCCCUCAUGGACGGCAUGGACGGGCGCGGCCAGGUCAUCGUCAUCGGCGCGACCAACCGCCCCGACGCCAUCGACCCGGCCCUGCGUCGCCCGGGCAGGUUCGACCGCGAGUUCUACUUCCCGCUGCCCAACCUCGAGGCGAGGAGGAAGAUCGUCGACAUCCACACGAGCGGGUGGAACCCGCCGCUCGACGACCCGUUCAAGGACGAGCUCGCCAAGCUCACCAAGGGGUACGGUGGCGCCGACCUGCGCGCCCUGUGCACCGAGGCGGCGCUCAACGCGGUCCAGCGCACCUACCCGCAGAUCUACAAGACGAACGACCGCCUCGUCAUCAAGCCCGAGUCGAUCGAGGUCACGGCGCGCGACUUUAUCGUCUCGCAGAAGAACCUCAUCCCCUCGACCGCCCGCUCGACCUCGUCCUCGGCAGCACCGAUCCCGCCACAGCUCGUCCCGCUCCUGUCGACGUCGUUCGAGCACGCCAAGACGGCGCUCGCCAAGGUCCUGCCCGAGGUCAAGCGUAUCAGCGUGCUCGAGGAGGCCGAGUACGUCGACGACGGCGGCGGGUUCGAGAAGGAGAAGCUCAUGCAGGCGUUCGAGCAGCUGCGCGUGUUCCGCCCUCGCCUCGUCAUCUGCGGCGAGUCGGGCAUGGGCCAGUCGUACAUCGGCGCCGCCGUCCUGCAGCACCUCGAGGGCUUUCACGUCCAGACGCUCGACCUCGCGACGCUCGUGUCCGACUCGUCGCGCACGAUGGAGGCGUCGUGCGUCCAGCUCUUUGUCGAGGCCAAGCGCCACAAGCCGUCGAUCCUGUUCAUCCCGUCGCUCGUCUCGUGGUGCGCCAGCGUCGGCGACACGGUACGCGCGACGAUCAAGGGCCUCCUCGACGGCCUCGACCCGAACGACCCGAUCCUGCUCCUUGCCGUCGUCGACGGCCACUUCUCGGACGUGCCGCCCGACGUGCGCUCCUGGUUCGGCUUCGUCAAGGGCAACCGCGUCGUCAUGGGCAAGCCCGGUGCUGCCCAGCGCCACGAGUUCUUCGCCGAGGUCUUCACCGCGAUCCACCGCCGCCCGACCGAGUACCCCGACGGCAUGCCUCGCCGCAAGCGCGUGCUCGAGAAGCUCCCGAUCGCGCCGCCGCCGCCGCCGCGCGAGCCGACCGCCGCCGAGAUCGCCCAGCAGCAGCAGAACGACCUGCGCCUGCUCGAGUACCUCAAGUGGAAGCUCGGCCCGGUCCUGUCGGAGCUCAAGAAGCGCUACAAGCGGUUCCAGCGCUCGUUGUACCGCGAUUGGCAGCGCGACGACCUCGACUGGCGCAAGGAGCAGCUCCGGGCCAACGAGACGGUGACGGGCCUCGGCACGCAGCCCUACUUCAACGUCGACCUCGACACGAUGGCGUCCGACCUGUACAAGGGCCUGUAC